CGAGAGAGCAAGGAGAUGUUCUUUCCCUUCUCGUACUGACAGCAGAGCCUCAUCAGUAACGUGGUGCCUCGAGCCUUAUAGCCUCUGGGGUCCUAAGGAAAAGCCGAGAGUUAAGAGAACUCCAAACUCCAUCCGUGCCAAUGAGCUCAAGUCCCCUUCAAAUCUUCAGGCCACUCCGGACUGGGGUGAAUGCCUCAGUCCCGACUGCUCCUCUACCAGCAACAUUAGGUCCACAGCAUAGCCUUCCUACAGUGACGAAACCGGGCAGGUUUGGACCCUUCGUCAAAUAUUUCUUCAAACCUGCGAUGGCCACUUUGGUUUAUUCCAUCACUCUUUAUAUCGCCGCUUCUGCUCCUUACCGGCAUACUCUCCUUGGAAGCGUUUCCGCCCCUCUUGGUAACUGGUUCUUAACUAUACUCGCCAAAGCUGGAGACAUCAGUUUCGCGUUUGCUGUCGAAGAUACCGUUGAUACUUUGACCUGGCGAAGGCUGAAGGAAAUGAGGCGCAUUGGUGGGCGAGGUGUCUUUAGUGGAGUAAAUCUGGGGUGGUUUCUUGCGUUGAUUUCAAGUACUGGAGCGGAGGGCUUGCUUAGAAUCCUCCGGAAAUCGUCUCGUAAAUUUUUGCCGCGGAAUUCAGCUGGAGUCUGGAGUCUGGUGCGACUAGGAUUCAUUUUUGCACUGAUUCCUGGGCCAGGAAUCAUUCUGAUGGCGAGUGUUCCGCAAAGGGAUGUAUAUUUUCCAGUACGAACUCUCGAUGUCUCUGGAGGUCUAGCACUCUACGACCCGGGGCUAGCAAGCACCUACCGCUCCAUGUCAAGCGUCUAUACAUCCAGAUUUGCGCAGAAUAUGCUGAAAGACCGAUCCAUCUCGUGGCCAAUGGAUCCUAUUAGUGAAAGUUGUAAAACGAAUAGUUCAUGCACCUCAUAUCUUCUCGCUGGUCCUUCUUUGACGACAGCCCCAUGGCCAUUUGCUUUCAUUGAAGGUGACGCUGCCGAUGGAUUUCGCCUCGAAGAUGCAUCGUUUUAUCAGGUGGACCUUUGGGAUCCUGCACCGAAUACAUUGACCUUUAGUGAGUCUCGCGAUUGUACCCUGUAUGGAGGAUUGGACUCGUACUACGAAUUUUCCAUGGACAUUUGCCUAGCGCAACAAUCUCCCGAUGGUCUGCUCGCAGCAGGUUGGCAGAGCUGCAUAAAAGGCUAUGCACCCAAUGGAACGUGUCUUCAACCUGAGAAUGCACGUGGUUGGGUGACGUACUUAAAGUUCUACAGACGCAAAGCGACUAUUACCUUCUCGCGCUCAGACACAACUAUUCAGGAAGUAAGAGCGCUUUCUUCGCCCAUUCCUCAGCAAAUAUCUCCUUCGCAGCUAUUUGGGUCUCUCAACAACGUUUUAUAUCGGCCUAGCCAUGCCAAUGAAAGUGGAAACGAUAUUCGAUACGAGGGGAAGUCUGCCCAAUACCAACUAACACAGCUGCUGGGUGGAACGCUUUUCUUCUCGUUGGCAAAACCAAAUGCGUAUGCCCUUGAUUUUGGAAUUUCCUGGCUUAGGAACAUUCUCACCAUGCCCGUGUAUCUCUUCCAGCCGACUGCAAUGGCGUACGCCAACCAAUCUGUCAGUCUCGGCAAUGUAUCGGAUCUUGAGGCGCCGAAUCUACCAGCCGAGAACUAUAUAAAAGGUUCAUACUGUAUCGUUGACCAUCGCGCGAUUCCAUCAUGGGGAGUAGUAGUCGGGUAUGCGAUCGUCGCUGGAUUUGUCUUAAUAUUCGUUUGGUCAGGCAAACUGGUAGCAACCCUGUGGCCUGCAAUCGAAACGACGGAAUUCCCAAUGCUAGACUAUGAGGUACUGACUCUGCUUGUGGAUGAGUGUGGUCAUGAAGUGCCAUUGCGAGACCGCUUUACCUCACAAGCCUACGAGGAAACGACGGUAAUGGACGCUAUGUCAGACUUAAGAAUCGGAUUGAGGGAGGUUUAAGGAGUGUAUAGGGGAGAUUUUGAAGUUUGAGAUUCUCGGGCAGAGGUUGAGGGAAGAGAGAACCGACAUAAAGAUUGUUAAAUAUAUCGUCCGCGUGGUUACUUUAAGGAUUCUGAGUGAGCUGGUAAGAGAGUUGAGUGCAGAGAUAACUCGAGCCUAACUUCGUUGAUUCAUGGCUCCCUCGGCUGGCGUAAGGAGUGCUGUGGCAGGAAGUCGCGUACCAAAAGCCAGGCGCUCGUGGGCUCUGAAAAGAAAGGCCAUCCUCAUCCUAGGCACCCUCCCAGCAUCCUCUCCAGACGCCUCUGGAACCAUUCUAUUCUAGAUCAAUAUAUUCC